AUGAUCGGGUCCGCGAUGCUCUCGCGGCUGGCGAGCUGGCCUGGCGGGGCGGGGCCGCGCGCGCCGCCCGUGGGCGGCUCCGCUACCAGAGCGGAUAUCGCUCUGUUUUCAAAGAGCUUCGGCCCCGAUGUGCAUACGAGAGGCCGCAAGAGCGUCUCGAUCAUGGAGGGGCACACGGACAUGCGGCUGCGCGACCUCCACGACAGUCCGAACGACCAGACGAAGCUGACGAAGCUGACGAACGGCGGCCGCAAGCUGAGCAUCGGAAGCAGCGCG